AUGAUUAAAUUUGGUAAUACGAACGGAAAUUGUUUCGAACAAGCAUUCGGAUGCAGUGCGUUCGAAUAUAUGAAAAAAGAAGAAAAUAAAGAAUAUGCACAUAUUUUCAAUAAUGGAAUGCUUACUUACACAUAUUAUACGGCAGAGUCAAUAGUUUCAACUGUUGAUUUUAGUCGUUUUAAUACAUUAGUUGAUAUUGGAGGUGGAUUGGGAACAUUAUUGGUCUCAAUUAUGGAAAAAUAUCAAAAUUUACAUGGUAUUUUAUUUGAUUUAGAUCAUGUUAUUCAAAAUGCUAAAUCAAUCAAUCCAAAUGAGUUUCAACGAAGACAAAUCGAAACAAAUCGUUAUGAAUAUGUUAGUGGUGAUAUGUUUAAAUCAGAAACUAUACCAUUAGGUGAUGCUUACAUAUUAAAAUCCCUUAUACAUGAUUGGAAUGAUGAAAAAUCGAUUGAAAUUUUCAAAUCCAUACACAACGCAAAUAAAACACAAAUGAAAAAACAAAUAACAGUAUUUAUAAUUGAAUCGAUAAUUACAUCGGAAAAUAAAGACAAUUGGGAAGCACAUAUAUUAGAUAUUCACAUGUUGGCAAAUUUAGGAGCCAAAGAGAGAAAUCUAUGGGAAUAUAACAAUCUUUUGAAUAGAAGUGGUUAUGAAUUCAAACAUUUAUACAAGACGGAUGGUCCUGUCUCUAUUAUUGAAGCCACAAUAACAACGAAUCAAGAAUAA